AUGGCCGCCCUCAUGCGGCUGCUGGUCGAGGCCACAGGGCCGCGCGGGGACGCCCAGGGGGUCGGCGGUGCUGGCGGCGGCCCUGAGCCGCUCUGGCUGGCGGCUGCGACGGAGAGGGAGCGCCGGGGGAUGGCGGUGCGGGCCGCCUUGCUGGCCAACGGCGCGAUGAAGCUUGUCAGCAUUCGCGCUUUCAACGCGAGGGGCCGCGACGAUGCUGACAGCAGGCGGCUGCGGCGCUCCGCGGCCGCGCUUGCCGAGGCGUUUUGCGGGGCGCCCGGCGCCGUUGCGGCCUUGGUAGCCGCUGCAGCAAGCGAGGAGCCGCUGCGGCGGACAGACGGCCCUGUCUUUGGGAUGUUCUCGAUGUUGAGCCGCAUCCAGAGGCUUGUGGCGCCACUGGAGGUCUCGGACGAGCUGACGACUCGCAUCGCCUCGCAGCUGGAGCCGUGCGCGACCAAAGCUGCCGCGCUGGCCUGCGAGGCUCUGCGGGCCGAGCUGACCGGCGGUAGCGACGGCUGCAUGGCGCCCCUGGGGCUGCUGCUGUUGCUCAGCCACAGCGCCGCCGGCGCGGCCGCUCUGCUGCGGCGGCCGCCAGGCGAGGGGCUUGAGGUGUUGGUGCCCUUGCUGCGGGGGCGCGGCGACAAUCGCAGUGGCGGGGGCCGCGGCGGCCACAAUAUCCAGCGAACCUCCGGGACAGGCGCACAGCUGGGCGGGCCAGGUGGAAGAGCAAGCUGGGCUGAGCUCCCCUUGGAUGACAGCAUUCUCAGUACAAUAUGCAAUGUUUUCAGCCGUGCAUCAGACAUGCAGUGGGAGUGCGAGCAGGGCAGCGCCGAGGCUGCGCCGCAGAGCGCCCGACCGAGCGCCUCGAGCAGGGCUGCUGAGCCCGCACGCGUGCGGGGGGCGGUGGCGGCGCUCACGGGGCCGCUGCUGGAGGUCGCGGCCGGGCGGGGCGGCGCGGUGGCACUGCGCGGCGAGCCCAGGUUGCGCAUGACUUUUCUUGCCCUGCACGCCUUGGAGCAGAGCGUUUGGAGCUUCAGGGCCGCCGGCCAGGGGGCUCAAGUGCACCGCGGGGGCAGGAGGCCAGCUGUGCCUGAGGGUGAAAGCGCGGGCGAGGACCUGCCCAUUUGUUUGCAUGCCAGCUCGGCGGCGACCCUUGGUGAGGUCCUGCACGCAGCGCUCGGGGCCGCCGACAGCAGUGACACGGCCCCCGCGGUCGUCGCUUUGGCCGCUGAACUGUUUUACACAGCCGCCAUGGCAGGCUGCGGGCUGGCGCACACCCGGUGGUGCCGCGACGCGAUCGCGACGGGGCUGCCCUCGCUGCUGCUGCGCGCGGCUGUGCAGCUGUCGGCUCAGCAUGACGACCCCAUAUCUGCCGCCAAUGCAGCCAUUGCCGCGUGCCUGAUGCUGUACACACAAGAUGCCGGAAUUCCCACAGCCAGGCAGGGCACCAUGCGCGAUCGGAUGCAGCCUCAGAGCGCCCAUACAGUUUCAAGGAUCAGGGCCAGGGCGUUGGACGUGCUGGUGGUGUGUGCCGGCGGCGGCUGCCCUGAAGCUGCGGCGGUGGCGGUGGUGGGCGCCCAGCGCAUUUGCGAUAUCUCAAGCGGCUGCUUGUGCGCGGCCGACCUGGCCGCGCGUCCCGGGGCCGCAACCGCCGUCGUGGGCGCGCUCCUGCGCUGUGCUGAUGCGGCGCGGGUGGGCGUCUCCGGGGGCAUUUGCGACGGCCUGCGUAUGGCGGACAGCGCAGGAGUGGCUGGGCUGCUGCUGUCUGAGAUGGCGGCGGCCGCCUGCCAAAAUGAUGCCGAGGCUCAAGAGGCGGCAGCGCGGCAGGGCCAGCGUGUUGCGUCAACCUCUGCAAACAGAUGCGACGAACUCAUUGAGGCAGCGCAUGCGGCGGCGGAGGCCGCGCUGCUGCGGCUGGGUGCAGGGGAGCGAGGUGGCGCGCUGGCGGCGGAUGCUGCAGCUGCACUGGGCUUCCUGCGGCGCCGCAAGGCGCCGCCGCCGCUGCCUGGUUCAGGGACCCUGCUGCGGGCCGGCGGUCGGCGCUGCCUGGCGUGCGGCAAGGGGCGUGGCGACGGGCUGACGCUCAGGCGCUGCAACGGCUGCAGGGCGGAGGGCGUGUUCUACUGCUCUGUGGAGUGGUGA